ACUUAUGGCAGACUCUUCGGUAGCGGGUGUGGACUUAAGUGAAUCGAUUCCUCCCUAGCUUACCCUUUUUCAUCUUUAAAUGCUUUUGAAUUGCUGAAAAAGAACUCGUUUGAGGCUUCUGAUCUGGAAAUUUGCGACAAACGACUCGAGAAAAUGGCUCGAAUGAAGGCGCGACCUCUUCAACAUACAACGAAAAGGAAAUUGCAAGAACGCGGCGCUCGCGAAGGAUCGCGAUCGACUUCAGGCAAGCGAAUAAGGCUACAGAGCCCAGCAGGACAAACAUCUUCUUCGUUAGAGAAAGCAAAGAAGAAUAAAGGUAGGCCUCGUAAGGUGCAAGAGGAGGAUUCCCAUCUCCCUCCUGAAUUACGCAGAGCUGGAAUAUUAGCCCAUAUGCAGAUACCUGAAGGAAGACGUUUUGGCCCAUUCAUUGGUAAAAUUGUGGACAAGAGGAAAUCUCCAGAGAAAUUGUACUUUUUUGUGUCACAGAUCAAAGAUAAAAACAAAAGAAACUUGAUGCACUUUUUCUAUGCACACAAGAAUGAGAAGGACAAAUGCAGUUGGCUCAGUCGUCUCCAGAGUGCUACAUCAACAGCAAAACAAAACAUUGUAGCAUAUAACUCUCCAGGAGGAGUAUGCUUUGAAGCUGUUAAGGAUAUAGCUGUGGGAGAAGAGUUAAUGGUCCUAUUUGAUAAAUCAUUUAAAGGUUCAGUGUAUCCAGCCUAUGUAGAGAGUGCACCAUUGUCCUUCAUCACAGAUGAUGCUGGUGAAAAGAUUGCAGUGGUUCCUCUUGACAAGUCUGAAGUUUAUAUCAACCCUAGUACUGAGGGCAAAGAACCUAACAAAGAUGGGAAUAAUGCAGGCCAUGAUAAAGAAAUGGCUGACUCUCUCAAAGAAGGAAAUCCAGAGGUUGUGGAUGAUGAUGAUGAAGACAACAGUGAUGAUGAUGAUGAUGAAGAUGGCAGUGAUGAUGUGGUAGUGAUAGAAGAGUAUGAGCUGUCUGAUGAAGAUGAUGAGGAGGGUGAUGAAGAUGAAGAUGAAGGGGAAGAGGAAGAGGAAGAUAUUGAUGAUGGCAAUGAUGUAGAUGAUGAUGAUGAUUUUAUUCCUAAGGGUGAAAAGAAGUUGACAAAGGAAACUGGGGCCAGCACUAAUAAUGGCGAAAUUUCAAUGGAAAAGAAACGUGGAAGGAAGCCAUCAGCUCAGCAUAAACGAAAGCCACAUAUAAAAGAAAUAAAAAUUCUUGACGCUGAGAGUGGUCAGGAUACAAUCAAAUACCGCUGUACCCACUGUUCGGAGGAUUUUGGGGACAAAGUGAAAGCCACAGAACACAGCUCAGCUAUGGAAUGCCUUUCACAGCAUUUCCAGUGCAAAACAUGCACCAUGGAGUUCAGAAAUGCCUUUCUACUUCAGAAACACAAAUGUAAUGGAAAGCCAAAGUGCAACGUCUGCAAUGAAGAGUUUGAGAAUUGGAGACAACUGAAGGAGCAUGCGGAUAAUCCGCCAGAGGUUCAUGUGCCAAAAUGUGCGAGUUGUGAAAUGCAGUUUCAAACUGUUAAAGAGAAACAGUACCAUGUCCGUUCCAAGCACGGGCCGGAUGAGUCAUCCGAGGAGUGUCCCAUUUGUCAUAAAACCUACAACAAAAUGUACCUGAAGGAACAUCUCGCGACCCACGACGAAAACAGUGGGUUGAAAUGCAUCGAGUGCGGCAAAAAGUUCUCCUCCAAAAGCAACUUGAACAAACAUCGCAAAAAGCAUCUACCUGGUUAUGUCCCAGCCAAGGAUAAACAACGGGAAAAAAAAUAUGGCUGUUCGGAAUGUGGCAAAAAGUUCGACUCCAUGCACGGCUUAGAGAGCCACAAGCGAAGCCACACUGGAGAGAGGCCAUUCAAGUGUGACAAGUGCUCGUGGAAAUUCACUCAGAAAACGCAUUUGAACCGUCACAUCAGGAGUGUGCACGAGAAGGUGCCAAGAGAGCGCCAUUCUGAAGCCAACAGACCUGUGUCUUGUGAAGUGUGCAGUAAAGUGUACGUCAACAGUCGUGUGUUGGCUGUUCAUGUGCAGUCCGUGCACGAAGGCUUACGACCUUACAAGUGUGAGUACUGCGACGCAACUUACACUCAACGAGGUCAUCUGUGGAGACACAAGCAUGCAAGUCACUACGAGAAAGACGAAGUUCAAAAGAAAUACACCAUUGACAAGUUUGUCUGUCAGUUUGAUGGUUGCAUGCUGUCAUUUGACACUCAGCCAGAGCUGAUGGAACACGUCAAAACACACACCACGGACAAAAAGUGCAUGUGCAGUGAGUGUGGGGCUACAUUUGUCUCGUUCCCAAACCUCGCCAAACAUACUAGGAGGAGGCAUGGGGAGCAGGGAGUCGCAGACAAGGGCCAUCGAUGCGGAAAAUGCAUAAAGACAUUCGCCACAAGUUAUCAACUGGUCGUGCAUUUUAGGGGCCAUACCGGAGAGAAACCCUAUAAAUGUGAUCUUUGCGGAAAAGACUUUGUUCAGAAGUCUGGCUUGCGGAAACACAUCAGAUGUAAACGUUGUCCAAUGGUGGAAGGUCGUUCGAUGAACCCCAGGGGCGCCAAGAAAUAUGCCUGUGAUCGUUGCAACAAGAUGUUUCCGGGACCGUCUGACUUGAAAUCGCACAUGCGCACUCACACUGGAGAGAAACCUUAUCAGUGCACUGUUUGUGAAAAGGGUUUCAGCCAGCCAGGGAAUCUAACGAAACACAUAAGGUUUGUUCACAACAAAGAACAGCGUCCCAAGGAGAAAAGUCGCGAAAAGAAGUAUUUCUGCAGCCUGUGCGGUAAAGCGUUCCUGUGUCCCAGUAGUCUUGCUAUGCACUGUCGCACACACACUGGAGACAAACCUUUUUCCUGUGAACAGUGCGGACAAGGAUUCGCCCAAGCGGGAAACCUUAAAAAGCAUCUCAAACGUUGGCAUGAAGAUGGCGCUGAAGGCAGAACAAGACGCAGAAAGAAGAAGGGAAAGAACGCACCAGCUGAAUCAGGAGAGAGAGCCGAUGCUAACCAGGAAGGUCAGCAACGAGAAGGCGAACCCGGUCAAACGGUCACCGAUGAGACACCCAAUGACGGUGAACAUGACGAGGUUGCAGACAGCACGCAGGCGGGAGACAGGCCAGUCGAGUUGAGCAAUGCAAGCUCUCAGACAACUUUAGCCUCGUGCACACCUCUGAACACCCCGAGUCCUUUAUACAGCACAACGCCAUUGAACAGUUUGAACACCGCAGUCAGUGGCUCUCCCACUCCUAUGAUGCAAGUGGUGUUAGGCUUUCUCCGUAGCCAGCCGCAACAAACCGUCAGCGCACCUAGCCUUCAUGCAAAUGCGAAUGCCUCUACGAUCGCACACACUGGAAGAGUUCUCGGGACAUCUUACGAGGCUAGUGAACGGGACAACGCCUUGCACCGAGGUAUUAGCACAUCUUCACCGAGUCUCCUACAUUCCCAAGCAACGACCUCUCAAGGCAGUCAUCUGAGCGCCAUACCCGUUCAACAGCAUCAACAAGUUGUCAUCUCUCGAAUGUUGGCUCCUACUUCCUCAGAGAGUACAGACGUCCCAUUCAUGCCCCCAGUGGUGGCAAGCCCUCCCUCUCACCCCAACCCCCCACCCCGGGCAUCGAUCCUUCUUCCACACGUUCACUCCCUCCUGAAUCCCCCAGGGAUGAAUAACACAGGGGGAGAGGUAACUGUUUGGCCCUUCGCACCAAGCAACAUGUUUUCGCCACAGUAGACUGAAACUUAGUAUAAUAGGCUGCUAAUUUUUUCACCUCGCGUUCAUGUUACGUUCAUGUCACGCAAGUAGUUACUUGAGUAACGGAAGCCCGUCAAAAUGUUGGUUUUAGAUAACUUAACCGAAGUUGUAAGCAAAUCUAUUCCCAUCUUGGUGAAAGUGUAAUGGUCAAAACAUGAUUUUAUUUACUUGUUCUAGUUCCUAUAAUUUAUUAGAUGUGCAUGGCAGCUGUCCGUGAACUGAACCAUAGGGAUAUCGUCCAUACUGGUUUCUCCUCUUCAGAUUUUCCUUUCUCUCUUUUAUUUAGGAAUAAGAUUUAACUUUAGGAUCUCGGUUUUAUGUCUCAAACAAAGAUUAGCUUGUGUGAGACGAGCUUGUUUAAGCCUUCGUCUCGCACAAACCGUAGCUAACUUAAGCCACGGCUUGUUCAAGGUGAACGUGGUCAUCAACUUGUUUAAGCUGCUGCGUAUUUGCCUCGUCUGUGUGCUGUUACUUAUUAUAUGGUGGGCGUCUAUGCUCUCGAUCUCGGAUCGACCCCAUCGGGCGUGAGAGUAAUCUGUGUUUUUAAAGGGUCCAUUCCACCUUUAAAUGAAAAUUUACCUAACAAAUUGCUAAAGGAAAUCUUGAGAGAGGGUCAACUGCAUUGAUGAGCUUUGUAGGGAACUGUUGAUAUUCCCUUAGGCUUUGUAGUUGGGUGGCCCCUAACCGUUUCACUCCCAAGAUCUCAUUAGUAAUUCUCCUUACUGUCUGCCAUACAAUUUGUAUGAUGUUAGUUUGGAGAAUUAGGUGUUGGAUCAACGAACAAUUCACAAAAUUGAUAUUUUCUUUAUUCUCAUUACUUGUCUGCUUGAUAUUGUAGAGAUAUUGGAAGGAGAAAUUCUGUCUUGAAUUUUGUCAUGAAUUACAGGGUUAAUGCAGACAGUUUUUCUUAGUUCGAGAAAUAAACGUUUUUAAGUUUUCAAAAUUAUUAGUUAGGUCCUUGUAAGUUGAUAUUCCUUUGAAAACAUAGGUUGCGCCCCCUGAUUGCAAACAAGAAGUAUGAGGAAUGUAUAGGAAAGGGUAACAAGGAAUUCUUUUGUUUAGGUUUAUGUUUACUGUGAGGUAGACUAUCUUUUAGUCAAAGAAACUAUUCUUAAAAUGUAUAUUAGAUAUAA